AUGCCAGACGAUAUCAAAAAUAAAUCGGAUGAGUCGCAUCAAACUGAAUUAAAAGCUCUGCGAUCUCUACGAGCUGUCAUUCUUGGACAGCAAACAAAAGCCAAAAACUAUUUGUCCGCCAAUUUGAGUUCUCUUAAUCGCUUUCAGGUUGAAACCAAAUUGCAGAUGCUUGAAACCCAGAACAUCAACUUCGAGAAAGUGCAAUCCCAAAUUGAACGUCUUGAUGAAGAAGAACUUGCAAGCGGUAAAAGAGAUGCAUUCGAAGAAACGUAUUACAUUUUGCGGUCAGAUAUGCUCCAACAUCUGGACACUUUUUCGGCACCGAAUAGCACCAUCGCACCCAACAACAACACCAUUUCACAUAAACCUCGCUUGAAUUUGCAAAAGUUGGCACUCCCAUCAUUCUCUGGAUCGUAUACAAAAUGGAUGGAUUUCUCAGAUAUGUUCAACUCGCUCAUCCACAAUAACAAAGACCUCACAAACAUCGAGAGGUUCCAGUAUCUCCGAUCAUGCAUUCAUGGAGACGCUGCCAGAGUAAUUGAGUCUUUAGAAUGCACCAGCCAAAACUAUGAAAUUGCCCUCGAACUUCCCAAAUCUCGAUACGACAAUAAACGGUUUUUAUUUCAGGCACACAUCCAAGAAAUAUUCCAGUUGCACUCCAUAGCUAAACCAACUGUGGAAACUAUUCGUGGCAUGAUAGACACCAUCAAUGUCAACCUCCGAGCGCUCAAUUCAAUAGGCACAACAGAGCAAAUUGCUGAUGGAUUCUUGCUGCAUUUGAUAUUGUCAAAGUUUGACAACGAGUCCCAAGCCAAAUGGAGACGAAAUAUCAGCCAGAGAAGACCAGAAAGCGCUUAG